GGGAAGCAGAGGAUAGGCAGGCAGAGCGAAUGAGCUCAUCCUUUCAGCAGCUGCAUAGCGGAGCGAGGCAAAGCUGUAACUUUCUAUCAAACUUCUAAGUUGCGCCUCGGCGGGAGGCGAGGGGCCAUCUUGGGUUACAAAGUCAAGUGGACGCUCCACGAUUGCCAUUAGAAUACAACAUAGAGAAGAAGCGGGUCGCCUGCGCUGUUAAUGUCACGGACGCGUGAGAGCUCGAGUACAACAAAAGAAAGGAAAUACGGUGCUUCGUCUUCGUCUUGUGCUCAAAAGAAGAGGGAGGGGGAAAAGGCAGAACGAAGGAAAAGACGCAACUCGCCACUGGAAGUAGAUACAUCAUCCCAACAUCCAGUUUGGGUAAAAACAUGCUAAGAGAAGGCUCCGUUGCAGUCGGAGGAAGUACUAUGCAGGCCUGAGUGAGGAAGAGUUCUGCUGACAAUCCCCCUGCUCAUGAAGUCCUGGAGCAGCAAUCCAUUCCAGACUAGGUCAUGUCUUCCCGCUGAGUGCCUUUAGUCUUUGGCACUCGUGUCAUGACAAGCCUGAAACGUCAACCAAUGGAGUGCACCGUUGGAGGUGCUGUCCCUGCCACCGAUGAGUUUUACCCUCGCCACAUGCGCAUGGUUAACGGUGGCGCUGUUCCGAUCCGCACAGACAAUGUCCACAACACUGUGAGCACAGGAGUGCCAAAGAUGGGUGUGCGAGCCCGUGUGGCCGAUUGGCCACCGAGGAAAGAUUUUUCACAGGCAUUAUGGCACUCAACUACAGAGACGGAAAAUAUGGCUGUGCCUAUAAAAAAUCACAUUAAAUUAGGCUCAAUUAUAAGCCCUCAGGACUCGUCAAUGCUGCGAAACAUCCAUAAUACUUUAAAAAAUCGAACACGAACACAGGCCCACGCUAACAACUACUGUGUUGACACUCGGUAUUUGGCGCCAGGAGACUACAGAGGUCCACCGCGCAGAAACCCGCAACAGAAACGAAUCCGUCAACGCAGCAAUAGUGAUAUGACCAUAAGUGAGAUGGAAGCUGGUGGGGACAGCGGAGAGGAAUGGGGUCUACCAAUCACUGCCAAAUGGUCGCCUCUUCAUCGGGAGUAUGGCAGCACAUCUUCAAUAGAUCAACACGAAGCUGUUGGGGAGAGUUUCUUUGAAAUGCUUAGGGGUUACCAGGGUGAAGUAGACCAGCGUAGCCCAGCUCCAGAUCAACUGGAGAACAUGUUGAAUGUUAGGCCUAAGCCAGCCACACUUGACCUCUCAGAGACUGUCACAAAUAGCCAUUGUCAAAAACCUAAGGACAGGGACAAGCUACCAAAGAGACGUACAAAAUCGGAGACAGGGGGUGAGUCUAUAUUUCGGAAGCUUCGUAACGUGCGGGCUGAAUCAGACUCGCCCAGAGCGGGAUCGGAUGUGGAGGACAGUAGAAUGGACGAGAUCGCGCCGCUGAAGCCAUGGUUCUGUCAGGAAGGUUUUGCCCACUAUGACGUCCAGAGCGUGUUGUUCGACUUCAAUGAAGUCAUCCAGUUACGGCAGAUGGCAGGCAAAAGAAAGAACACGACCACGGGGGCAUCUGCUGCUGCCGUUGCAUCGGCAACAUCCACACUCUCAUCUACCCACAGCCUGCCAUACAGCUCCCCCAGUGGAAGCCAAGACAAUCUCACCUGCAGAGAAAGCCCUGAUCUGGACUCUGGGGAUGAGCAGAGCAAUGAAUUGCUUCUCGGUUGCCCCUGCUUCCGGAAUGAGAUAGGCGCAGAUGGAAACGGGAGGCACAGAUUGGGAGCAAAUGGGGCGGGCUAUUACGGUCUAGUGGGUGGUGUAGUGAAUAGUAAUAGUUCAGGGAACUUGAGUGGGGAGGGGAACAUGUAUGAAACAUCUUUAAACACACACUGCACCAAUGCCGGAGUGGCUGUGUUAGAGGGUCCAAAGGAGGGGCCUAGCACACUCAGCGAAAAGGCUAAGCAGUACAUCGUGGAGCAUGUAGACCUUGGUGCUUACUACUAUCGGAAGUUCUUCUACUUAAGGGAACACUGGAACUACUUUGGGAUGGAUGAGGUUUUAGGCCCAGUGGCAGUGAGCUUACGCAGGGAGAAGCUAGAGGAAGACAAGGAGCACGGCCAACAGUAUAACUACCGCAUCCUGUUCAGAACAAGCGAGCUAACAACACUCCGAGGUUCAAUCCUGGAGGAUGCGGUGCUCUCUACCGCCAAGCAUGGCACCGCACGAGGCCUGCCUAUUAAAGAGGUAUUGGAGUACAUUCUCCCAGAGCUGGAUUUGUCCUGCCUCAGACUGGCCCUCAAUACCCCCAAAGUAACGGAGCAGCUCAUGAAACUGGACGAACAAGGGCUGAGUUUUCAGGUGAAGGUGGGGGUGAUGUACUGCCGAGCUGGCCAGAGCACAGAGGAAGAGAUGUACAACAAUGAGACGGCGGGCCCCGCACUGGAGGAGUUUCUCCAGCUGCUGGGGGACAAAGUUCGCCUCAAGGGCUUUACCAAGUACAGAGCCCAGCUGGACACCAAAACGGACUCUACAGGCACACACUCGCUGUACACAUCCUACAAGGAUUACGAGCUCAUGUUCCACGUGUCCACUCUACUGCCUUACACACCCAAUAAUAGGCAACAGUUGCUGAGAAAGCGCCACAUUGGGAACGACAUCGUGACCAUUGUGUUCCAGGAGCCCGGUGCAUACCCUUUCACCCCGAAAGCCAUUCGCUCUCACUUUCAGCAUGUUUUCAUUGUGGUUAGGGUGCACAACCCUUGCUCAGACAACACAUGCUACAGCGUGGCUGUUAGCCGCUCCCAGGACGUCCCCCCCUUUGGUCCACCUAUCCCCAAGGGCGUGACCUUCCCAAAAUCCUCUGUCUUCAGGGACUUCCUGUUGGCUAAAGUGAUUAACGCUGAAAACGCAGCCCACAAAUCGGAAAAGUUUGGCGCCAUGGCGACACGCACACGUCAGGAGUACUUAAGGGACCUCGCGGAACGUCAUGUAACCAACACACCUGUUGAACCCACCGGGAAGUUCCCCUUUAUUUCCCUGGCGCACAAGCGGCGUGAGAAAGUGCGGCCGUACAGCGGAGCGGAGCUCCGUAGCCUGGGGGCCAUCACCUGGCAGGUACACGCUGAAGACCAGGUUGCCGGCGCGGAGCGGGAAUGCCUCCUGGCCAUUUCGAACGACUUUGUAAUCCUGCUGGAUCAGGAAGCCAAAGCGGUUGUGUUCAACUGUGCCACGCACGACGUGAUUGGUUGGUCGACGGGAAGUCCCGCCUCCUUGAAGAUCUUCUAUGAGCGUGGCGAAAGCGUCUCACUUCGCUCCAUCAAUAACAACACAGAAGACUUCGGAGAGGUUGUCAAGAGACUAGAGCUUUUGACCAAAGGAAGCCAAACUGCAGAGAUGACCCUGCGCCGCAAUGCCCUGGGUCAGCUGGGCUUUCACGUCAACUUUGAGGGUAUUGUGGCAGAGGUAGAGCCCUAUGGCUACGCCUGGCAAGCUGGACUAAGGCAGGGCAGUCGACUGGUGGAGAUCUGCAAGGUUGCCGUGGCGUCGCUUUCUCACGAGCAGAUGAUCGACCUGCUCCGAACCUCGGUCACCGUCAAAGUGGUCAUCAUUCCUCCACACGAAGACUCUACACCUCGCAGAGGCUGCUCCGAGAUCUAUCACAUGCCGCUAGUGGACUACAAGAACCACAAAGAAGGAAUGCCCUAUGAGUUGAAGUUCCCUUUCCGCCCGGUCACCAACAGCAACAGCAACAGCAAGUGGCCACGAACAUCCUCUAGUCCUCAAACACGACCUGUUGGCUCAAGUGGAACACUUAUCAAGGCUCCUCCACCAGACUUCAGUAACUCUGUCGCCCUUCCACGCAGUGUUUCCAGCGAUGGCCGGCCGAUCAUUCCUAAAAGAUAUUCACCCGGAAAUGAAAACUACGCCCUUGCUUGUUCCAUUGUGAUGGGUCGCACGCUUCACAACACAAAUUCCCCCGCCAGCAUGACCUAUACCGACAACAUGAGCUCCAACCAUUGGAGGCAGAAGUCUAUGCCUGAGGGGUUUAAUAACAACAACUGCCAGUCCCCUGUCUUGUCUGUGCGACAGUUGCCAGGUAACGGUGCUAGUGAUGUUAAAAUUGGCUCAAGCACAACUGCUGCUUGGUCCCGGAAUGGAGAGGGUGAGGCAGCAUGCAGACAGGGGGAUAAAACCACUGCAGACACUUUGGUUUCCAAGGCUGUGAUUCCUCGUCUACAGCCACCUGAGCAAAGUGGACACAUUUCACCUAACAAGAGCGCUAAGCAGGACGCUCCAUAUUCCUCCAGCCAGUCGAGCAGCAACACUCUAUCAAGCAACGCCUCAAGCUCCGCCCACAGUGACGAGAAAUGGUAUGAAGUGGGCUCACGAUCGGGAGUACGCAGCGAUCUCGAGCUCGGCGGAUACCUCCAGGGCACGUCUACUGACAGCGGCAUCGACGCUACGUCCUUCACCGCCACCCAAAGCAGCACCGCCUCUUCUGGCGGCGCCUUCACGCCCAAGGACGCCAUACCGUGGCAGGAUGAAUCGACGGGCAGCCAGGGAGGGGACGAGUCUUCGCCUCCAACUCCAGACUCUCUUGUUCCUGUUGGAGGAAGUUUGGAGAGCCCAUUGAAGAGCCCUUCAGUUUGUCCUGAAGGUGGUUCCUAUGCCCUAAGUGAUGGUGCCUCCCACUCCAGCAGCAUACUGAGUGCCUCAGGGUGUCUCAUGGAGGGCCCAAGUCCUGUGUCCCCCCAAGAGGAGCAGUCAACAACCACAUCUCCCACUUGCCAGAAUUCCCCUGGGACCAAGACCUUCUACCCACGACAAGGGGCGACAUCCAAAUUUCUUAUUGGCUGGAAAAAACCCGGUGGAAUCGUCAACUCUGUGGACUUUGGCAGCACUCGGAAACGACACCAGAGCGAUGGUUUACUGGUCAGUCAGCCUCAGCUCAGAGCCAAUCUGCGAGGCUCCCAGUCACCCCAGCGGCACACUGCCAAGUCCAGCCUGGAGGAGGACUUGAAGAAGCUUAUCAUGCUUGACAGCCCUCCCCCCACAUCUAGUGAUGAGAAGCCUUUCCCAGCCCCAACACCCACCCGACGCUCUCUGCAGAGGACAUUGUCGGAUGAGAGUAUCUAUAGCGGGCAGAGGGAGUCCAUCUCGAGUGACAAACGUGACACACCUACCGAACUUCUGUUCAGCAGUUCCACGGUGCCGCGCUCCCCCACAGCUCGCAGUGUGGCGAGCCGCAGAACGUCACACAAAUCCCUGGGAAACCUGUCAGCGCCGGAGAGCACAGAGUCAGGGCAGAAGAAUGCCAGGCAGCAGCUGCAGGACGCUUCCCUUAUGCCCCUCCCUGACACCAGGACAGAUGGCCCGCUGGACUGGGCCCACUUGGUCGAUGCAGCCAAGGCCUUCGAGGAGCAGAGACUGGUCUAUCUGGCUGCUCAGGAGGAGAGCUCUGUGGCUGAGAGUGCAGCGGGCAUCAGUCCCCAGCAGGCUGAGCCUCAGGCAGCCCCACUAAAGCAGCCCUCGCCAGGAGAGACACCAGCUACUCUAAUGGGCAAAGUUAGCCAGCUGGAGUCCAUGGUGAAGACCCUACAAGAAGACCUAAAAAAGGAGAAGGAUGCCAAGAAUUCCCUGCAAAUCCAGAUCCAGGGUUUACGUGAGGACAAUCAGCGCCUCCUGGAGGAGUCUUACAGCGCUUCAGCCAAGCUCAAGAAGUUCACCGAAUGGGUCUUCAACACAAUCGACAUGAACUGACCAAGCACAGGAAGUUUGACGACUAAAACUUGUACACACGCCAUCUUGUCCUUCACGGAGGAUCCACACACGCUCUUAAAGGACACUUGCUCCUCGGGUUUACAUCAUUCCAGUGCCAACGUCUUCCAGCACCUUGUGAAGCUAGAACCAGGUCGUGCUUACGAGUUGGCGGCGGACUUGUCCGUGCAUGCCGGAGAAGUCCACCAGAUGAAAAAUUGUAAAUGUAACACUCCUCAUGUCUCAUCGGAUGUAUUCCACUCAGUGAUACAGUAACACUGAACCCAAAGAGAGUAUGUAAUGCUAUAUGCUAAUAUUGUAGCAGUACAGAACAUACUGUAAACAAUGUCACGUCAUGUAAAAUAUUGCACGUGUGUCACAGCAAGCUACAAAUGUACAGUAAACCCCAACGUGAUCCAAACUCUAUCUUUUGUAAAAAAAAAAAGAAAUGUCAGAUUGUGGCUUCCAAGAAAAUAAUUUUGCUCAUUGUCGUUUAUUCCAGGUCGUGUAAAUGUACAACAUUUAUUUGUCUUUUGUCCUGCAAUUUUCCUUAAGAUAUUUAAAGAAUAUUUAUGAAUAAAUAAGAGCCGUACGCAAGUUUGUAUCUUCAUGAACGACACACAAAUGACAAUAAUAAUAAUAAUAAUAUUAUUUUUCAUCCAAAAAUAAAUAUAUAUAUUGAUUAUAUUACAGAAAUAUUCAAGUUAUUUUUGAACAGCAUAUGAUUUUAAAUUGAUUGAGAGUAGGCUUGCAAAAGAGUGGGGAAUAUGAUUUCUCAUAGAAAUUUUGGUGGACAUGCUGGACUUUUUCUAUGGGAACUAGUAAGAAAUACUAACUGGAAUUGUGCUGUCAUUGUUUUUUUUUCACAGACAGGCAAGUAAUAUAUUAUAUACUUUAAAAGGAACAUAUAAUACUAAUUAAAACUAACCUUUUUAUUUUAAUUCUCACUAUUUGGUGUGGAAAAAAAAUCUUAAUAGGAUUUAAAAAACAAAAACAAAUAAUAGGCCCGGCGAAUAUCAAAAAUUAUAAUGCAAAUGUUUUUCUUUGUAUUUAUUUUUCCAACAUUUAAGUUUCUUAAAAAUAAAAUGCUUUUUGCUGCUGUAGUUAGGAGUCCCACCUCGUGUUGUACAAAACAUGUAUAACUAUUACAUGGAACCGAACACCGCAUGCUUGAGAGCCUCCAGCGUGAUCCCUAAUGUUUCAUUGCGACGGUUAAUAUACAGAAUAUGUCCGAACUUAAUGAUAGUGUAAGACACAGGUGUCAAACUCAAGACCCAGGCGCCCGAUUUGGUCCACGACAUCAUUGUAUCUGGCCCGCAAACAUCUGGAAAUGAUAAUAUUUUCUCACUCAAUGUAAGUGAUUUUUUUUUUUCAUUUUGACAGACAAAAUAUAUGUACUGCUUGAAAUUGCAUCCCUUUUUAAACGUUAAUAGUAUCCAAUAUUGCAACAAAUAUUACAGAAAAGUAUCAUACUUUCCAAACAUUUUUUUUGUCUAAAAUAAAUAGAAAACUAAAUAUUUUUACAGCAAACUACCCAUCAAAUUCAUAAAAAUUACAAUACAUUUUAUGUUGUUCUUUACAGCAUAUUACUGUAAAUUGAAAAAACUACUACUGUUUUUUUGCGUUAAAAUUCUGUUGACUGAGCUGCCAGUUUUCGACUGUAAAACUUUUGUUGUUUUUAACGGUGUACAAUGGUAGAAAAACUGGCAGCUAAGUUGCCAGAAUAAAAAAGAACUUGUACUGUUUUUCCAUGAACAGGAUAAUGUUGUAAAAACAAUGUAAAUUUAACACAAAAAUUCUGGCUGCCAACUUUUUUUGUAAAAAACAAAAACACAGUAGUACUGGUUUUUUUUCCCAUUUAAUGUAAAAUGUUGUAAAACAAAAAACAACACAAUUUUACAGUAAAAUGUUGUAAAUGCAAAGUUUGUACUGUAAAAUCGACAGUCUACUUAAACAAAUGUAUAAAAUUAAUGAUGAGGAAAAUUCAUACAUUAUUCACUGUUACAAGCGGCCCUCUGAUGGCAGCCAUAACUGCAAUGUGGCCCUCAAUGAAAACUAGUUUGACAUUCUUGGUGUAAGAUGACGGUUAAUAUACAGAAUAUGUACGAACUUCAUGAUCGUGUCCCUCUACAUGUUUUUCUGUCGUUCUGAGCUGAAACAGUUUAUUAGCCUUGUUCCCUCUUCUCUCUACAACAAGACAAUUUGAUAUUCCUCAAAAUGUGUCCCUUUGUUUUAUUCAUUUCGAAGUAAUUUUUCUUCAUUGUCCUGCUUGCAGGAGGUUUAUUGUGUAAGAAAAGCAGGACGACAAAAACAUUAAUAAAAAACACCGCCUGAUCCUUCAUCCUUGACACGUGUGACAGCAUGUGACUCUCCAUCCAUUCACUUGUGAUAUGUACAAAUGUUUAUAUCUAUUAAAGAUAUUUUGUUGAAUUAUA